UCACGGGGGCCGCGAUUGGCCGGGCGAGGUUUGAAGGCGGCCUUGGCGCGCGGCUCUGAUUGGCUGAGGCGGCGAGGCUCGCGCUCGGUCCGUCCGUCGACGCUGGCUCCGCUCUCUGUGUUUGUGUGAGGAAAAGGAAGGGCGGGAGGGAAGCGGCUGGGAAGGAGGCCUCGACGCCGAUGCAGACCCGGGAAGGAACCGGGGCCUAAGCGACAGCGGGGGAGGACAGAAGAGGCCGCAACCGCCCGGGGAGGAAGGCCGGCCUGCGUUCGCCUCGCUCGGGGUUGGUGGGUCCUGGCCCGGCCGGGGUCUGGCCGUUGGCUGCUGCCUCUGCGCUGAGAGCAGGACGGAUGGCGGCAACAUCCGGGGCCUCCGCGGCGGCGGCGAUCGCGGCGGCGGGACCGGGCCCCGGCGCGGCCCCGGCGCUCUACGCCUGCACCAAGUGCAACCAGCGCUACCCGUUCGAGGAGCUCUCCCAAGGGCAGCAGCUCUGCAAGGAAUGUCGCAUUGCCCAUCCCAUGGUAAAAUGUACCUACUGUCGGUCAGAGUUUCAACAAGAGAGCAAAACUAACACGAUAUGUAAGAAGUGUGCCCAAAAUGUGAAACAGUUUGGAACGCCGAAACCUUGCCAGUACUGUAACAUCAUUGCAGCUUUCAUUGGCACAAAAUGUCAGCGUUGCACAAACUCUGAAAAGAAAUAUGGACCCCCUCAGACAUGUGAACAGUGCAAGCAGCAGUGUGCUUUUGAUCGCAAAGAAGAGGGAAGAAGAAAGGUUGAUGGGAAGCUGUUGUGUUGGCUCUGCACUCUGUCCUACAAGAGAGUCCUGCAGAAGACCAAGGAACAGAGGAAGAGCUUAGGGGCGGGGCACUCUAAUUCUUCCUCCACCACGGCUCUCUCUGAAAAAGACCAGCAUCAUUUGAAACACCACCACCGCCAUCACCACCACCACCACCACCAUCAUCGUCACAGCGGCAGCCAUCACAAAAUCAGCAGUCUGAGUCCAGAACAAGAUCAGGGAUUGUGGAAACAGAGCCAUAAAUCCUCUGCAGCUAUUCAGAAUGAAACUCCAAAGAAAAAGCCCAAAAUGGAAUCCAAGCCAUCUAAUGGAGAUAGUAGUUCUAUAAAUCAGUCUGCAGACAGUGGAGGGACUGACAACUUCGUCCUGAUCAGUCAGCUGAAGGAAGAAGUGAUGUCACUUAAACGUCUUUUGCAACAGAGAGAUCAGACCAUUCUGGAGAAAGACAAAAAGUUGACAGAGCUGAAGGCGGAUUUUCAGUACCAGGAGUCAAACCUAAGGACAAAAAUGAACAGUAUGGAGAGAGCUCACAAGGAAACUGUGGAACAACUUCAGGCAAAGAACCGGGAGUUGCUCAAGCAAGUUGCAGCAUUAUCAAAGGGCAAGAAGUUCGACAAGAGUGGGAGCAUGCUGACGUCUCCGUGAAGGGCAGACGGCGCGCAGAGGUGUGAGUAUUCAAAAGGCAACGUUUUGCCAAUAACUGGCAUGCAGUAAGAGUGAGUACUUCUUUUUAAAACCACAUCAUGCAAUGCAAUAAUAAGUGUGACCAGCAGCAACUUGAGGGAACCUGUCCAUCAACACUGCUGUUACACGGGCUUAUUCGCUGAAACUGGGUUUAUAUAGAGCAAGGACAGAAUUGGCCUGAGGUCUGGGCAGACUGGCAUCAGGAAACACGAGACCAACCAUAUCGAUACUACAGCAGCAGCUCUUUUGGAAGAAGAAACAGCAAGCGGAUGGCAGUUCUGCUUAAUCUUUUGGUCAAAGCCAGAGCGCACUGAAGAUUUUGAAAUCAUGGUGCUUUUAUUACACAUCAUUUAAACCUUAUAAAUAUGUGUAAAAGAAUUUUAACAGUUUUAUUCUUAGUGAUUAGUGUUUUGCAUUUCUUGUGAUAGAACUUUAAAAGAGAGAUUCUUUAUUGUAAGUACCCAAACAAAGUGUGGUUUUUUGAGAAUUUACUGUAGACUUUUUUCCUCCUGCCCAAGUGCCUUUUUAUCCCAACUGUUUAUUUAUAGGAAUGCUGGUAUUUUGUAUAUAAGGGGGUUUGGUUUUUUUGUUUUUUAAAAAACAUGGUUAAUUUUUGUGUGUAUAUAUAAAUAUAUAUGUGUGUGUACAGAAGAAUCAAACGCUAAAAUCAAAAUCGUUAGGAUGCUAGGCGAGGUGCUAAGAACUGGUAAGCAAACGGAAAUCUUGGCUGUAGUUAACUAUAUGAGAUGUGUCUAUAGAGAGUUUCCUAAUUUUUGUUGUGCCUAAUUUAAUUUUAAAAAAAAAAUUUUGGCUACACUAAACCGUAGGGCUUUUAAAAGAAUACUUCUCAUUUUUGUCUCAGCGCUAAUUUGCAUUGACGGCCCCAUGGUGUCUCCUGAAUUGGACAGUGCAGAUGUUGCUUUCAGGAACAUCUUGUCAUAAUUUAGUGCUCCUUAAAAAUUUGAUUAGGGUAACAUGCUGUGUGAGUACAAAAUAACAGUCUCUCCCCUUUUCCAGCAUAAAAUAGCUUUACAUUGCUGUGUACAGACUCACACAGUCACUGUAUGUUUUGACAGGUGACCUGGGAGCUACAGAUAUUCCCCUCGACACCUCCUGCUGAGAGAGGGAAAAAACCCCGGUCCCAAUGGGGACUGUAUGGCCCUUGCUAACUCAGCUGGCCUAUAGGGCAGCUAGGCAGCUGUAAUUCAGUGCACGCAAAAGCCCAUUGUGGAUUUGAGGGGCUGGAUGAGCUGAAGCAGCAUUCAUUCCACCUGGUGAGAGCUAUGCAGUCAUGUCCCAAAGCAGUGACUUUGUCCCAGGGGACUCUGGGAAUCCAUGGAAGUCUAUCAUGAAGAUCAGCAAACAGGCUUGCCAUCUUACCCUUAGCCCCAUCAUCCUUCAGCUGUAAUAUGCCUGUUGUAGGGGGCAUUUUCUAAUUAACUUGCAUGCACUAAAACAGUAGUGAGACCUUAGUGGUCAAACCAGUUCCGCACGAGCAGACACACUCCAGAACUGUCCCCUAACCAAUUCUACAGGACUCAGGAGUUUCGCAAUGGAGAGGCAGACUUUCUACAGCAGGCAUGUGUUGUGGGGGGGAGGGAGGGAGGAUCCCCUGCUGGUAGGAAUUCUAAGAUAAGCUUUUUGAAGAGAAGUAGUGGUGUCAGAAAUCUUAUUCCCUCUGUUAAAAGUUCUAAUUGAUGCUUUGUGACGCUAGUACAAAUUUAAAAGGUCAAAGAAAAGUCACUGUUUUACCAGCUUUAAAACUUUUUUCCCCCAAGAAAUGGAAAGCCCGUUCGAUACAUGGAUGCUCAAGUUAUUGGAGGAAUUACUUGUACUUCGGCUAUUUUUGAGUUUCUAGGUCCUGAAGAUUGGAAGGGUUAGUUCCCACCAGACUACUGAAUAAUUGCAAUUCAAAAGGGGGAAAAAAGCUGCUUUCUACAAUAUUGAGAUUUUUUAAAAAUUCUUUUGUACACUAAAAUGAACUCAGUAAAUUUAUAAAUACUAUUUCCUGAUGUCACAUAACACAGCAAGGGUAGAAUCUCCUAUUGGACCGUUCUGUCACUGAAUUUUUUUUUUUUUUAAUUACAGACUUUCUUUUCAUAGAAUUUUGAUAUCUUUUCCAGUUGAACAGCAACAUAUCACUGAUAUGUUCGGGUUUUUUAAACGAAAUGUCUAAAAUCUUUGCAUGAAAUGGAUACUUUCAAAUAAGAGCGUUCCCAUUGAAACUUGCUGUGCCGCAGUUGGAAUGCUGUAGAGAAAGAGAUUCAACAUUUUAGUUUCUACGUACUGGAGUUUUACCAAGCCCAGUAUAAAAGCAUUUAGGGGCUUCACAUUGGGUUGGUGAAAAUAUCAUUUUGGGUUUUUAAAUUUCAUAACCUCUUUUUAACUUGGAAUUUGUAAAGGCUAGCCCAGGGGUUUGCAACCUGUGGCUCUCCAGAUGUUCAUGGGUUACAAAUCCCAUCAGCCCCUGCCAUCAUGGCCAAUUGGCUGAUGGGAAUUGUAGUCCAUGAACAUCUGGAGAGCCACAGGUUGCAGACCCCUGGGCUAGACACUAGCGAAUGAAAUCUUGGAGCUGUAGGGUAUUUUCUCAACGAACCUGAUUUUUAUAUAGACUUUCAAGGCGAUGCAUUGUACUAUAAAUGUGCGUUUUAGUCAAUUUCUCCACUAAUUAGCAUUGAACAACAAGGCUCACUUGGCUGGUGUUAUUUAUUUUUACGCCUGUGAAUAUUGCAGUCCCCCUUUUUAGUCAUGUCUGUGUCCAUUUUGAAGUGGAGAUGUUAAGCUGGCUGCAUAUGUAUAUACUAUUGAAAUUCUGUAUUGGAACACAUUUGACGGUCAGCAUUUUUUGUACUUUUUUCUAAAUCCAAUAUUUCACAAUAAAAAAGCUUGUUAAAACA